AUGUCCUAUCUAUCACCGGAAAAGGCCGAAAGUGAAUUGACCCAGAGUAUCAAAAAGGCUACCAGCAUUGAGGAAAGUGCACCCAAACAAAAGCACGUUCGAAAAUGUAUUGUCUACACCUGGGACCACCGUACGUCUGCUGUCAUUUGGAACAUUCUCAAGGUGCAGCCACUGCUAUCCGACGAGGUGCAAACAUUCAAGGCACUCAUCACGGUGCACAAGAUCAUCAAGGACGGCCAUCCCAAUGUUAUCAAAGAUGCUCUCCGUGAAAUAGGAUGGUUGGAAGCUUGUGCAAGGAGUGUGAUGGCUGAUGGCAUUCGUGGAUAUGGUACCUUGAUCCGUAACUAUGUCGAUCUCUUGCUGUACAAGCUUCAGUAUCAUCGCCGACACCCCGAGUUCAAUGGCAGCUUUGGAUACGAGGAAUACAUUAGCUUGAAGAACAUUGAUGAUCCAAAUGAAGGCUUUGAAACAAUCAGCGAGUUGAUGCAACUUCAAGAUCGUAUCGAUACUUUCCAAAAGGUGGUUUUCUCCAGUUUCAACAUGGCCAGCAACAACGAAUGUCGUAUUGCAUCGCUUGUGCCUUUGGUGGAAGAGAGUUAUGGCAUCUACACAUUUAUUACCAGCAUGUUACGCGCUAUGCACAAACGUACGGGUGCGAUGGAUGCAUUAGAACCAUUACGUCAACGUUACAACCAACAGCAUUAUGGCCUUUUGCGAUUUUAUUCAGAAUGCGCCAAUCUCAGAUAUCUUACCAGCUUGAUUGAUGUACCAAGAUUAUCACAGGAUCCCCCUUCUCUCAUUGAAAGCGCUUCCACACCAACCCUUCCCAAACGCCCAACACCUGCAUCCUCAUCCCCAGCACCAGCACCAUCCCCUGAACCCGUCGUUGAUUUCUGGUCUGAACAACAAGCUAAGCAACAACGAGAAUAUGAAGAACAACAAAAGCAAUUGGCUCAACAACGAGCUGCUGAACAAGAACGUAUGCGCCAAAUGCAAUUACAGCAACAAAAGGAGUUUGAGGAACAACAACGAUUGCUUGCUGAACGUGCACGUCAAGAGCAAGAGCAAUUGAUGCGUCAACAAAUGUUGAGCCACCAGACUGGUCGUAUCAAUGAACUUGAAAUGCAGCUGCUCAAUUAUCGUAAUCAAGUCGAGCGGGAUCAAAUGCUCUUGGAACAAUAUGAUCGUCGAGUGAAAGCAUUGGAAGAAGAACUUUCUCAAGUCAAUGAGCACUUUCAACAACGAGAUCAAUCCAAGGAUGAGCUUAUUCGAUCGCUUCAAAAUGAGAUCCAAAUGUGGAAGAACAAGUAUGAGGCUCUUGCCAAGCUCUACAGCCAGCUGCGUAAGGAACACAUUGAUUUGCUCAACAAGUACAAGCAACUUCAAGUGAAGGCCAACUCGGCCAAUGAAGCUACCGAGAAGCUCGAGCGUAUGCAAGCUGAUAUGCGUGCCAAGAAUGUCGAGCUUGCUGAUCUUAUCCGUGAGCGUGAUCGUGCAAGAAAUGAAUUGGCAAGAAUUCAAACCAAUCAACGUGAUGAUAUUGAACGUAUGCAACGUGAACUCAAUGAUGCUCGUUCGCAAGCACAAGAUGCUGGCAAAUCCAAGGGUGCUGAAGUUAGUGCUCUUAUCGCCAAGUUCAAUCGUGAAAAGGCCGAGUUGGAAGCAAGUUUGGUCGAGAAGCAAGCUAUUAUUGAUGAAUUCCUCAAACAAAUGGAAGAACAGCAAGGUGAUGCCGAUCGUAUUCGCAGGGAGAAAGAUGAAGAGAUUGCUGUUCUCCAAGCUGGUAUGGAUGAAUGCCUUCAACAAUUGGCAGCUCUACAAGAGAAUGACCGCCAAGAAGAUUUGCAAGAGGAGGUCAACCGCUUGGAGAGGGAGCAAACCGAGAAACUCAACCAGAUCCUUGACAGCAUCUUGACAACAUGUGUACAAAAGAUCAACGAAGGUGUUUACGAGCUUGAGACUCCAGGACAGCAUGGCAACGAGAAUGCGACACCUGAGUUGACCUUGUCAAUGAUUGAACGAGCCAGCAUCAUGUCUGUUGAAUUCAUGUCAGCUUUUAGCAAGUUCCUUGAUGGCAGCAACAGCGGCGAUCAUACCGUUACCAUUACUCGUGCACUCGAAUUUGCCGAUACUAUUAUUGAUGUACUCCUCCAUGCUAAAGGCAUCACUCGUUUGGUUGUUGAUGAUGAGGAUAUUGAAGAAAUCAUCAAGCUUGCCCGUCAAUCUGCCGAGUCGUGUAUCCAAUACUUUAGCGGUGUCAUGUCAUCCUAUCUCAAGAUGUUACCAUCAGCACAACGACCUGAAGUGUUGAUCCAGGGUGAUAUGCGUGUACAAGAUUCCUUGACGAAGCUCUCGCAAAAGACGGAGGAUUUGAUUCUUACGGGCAUGGAUAUCAACAAGCUUGAAGAUGGUGAAAUUGGUGAUUUGGUUGAGCAAGAAAUGAACAAUGCCGCACGUGCUAUUGAGGAAGCCACAGCCAAGAUCCAAGCAUUGAUGCAACGUCCUAGCAACCCAGAGUUCUCAGCUACGGAUAUCCAAGUGCACAAGUUGAUCUUGAAUUCGGUGCUUGCCUUGACCAAUGCUAUUGGCAACUUGAUAAAGUGUGCUACAGCUUCUCAGCAGGAAAUUGUUGCCCAAGGUAGAGGCUCAUCAUCCAAGGCUGCCUUUUACAAAAAGCACAAUCGUUGGACUGAAGGUCUUAUCUCCGCUGCCAAGGCCGUUGGAUUUGCUACCAACUUGCUUGUCGAAGCUGCUGAUGGUGUUAUUAGCAAGACACACUCGCUUGAGCAAUUGAUUGUCGCCUCCAAUGAAGUAUCAGCUGCAACAGCACAGCUUGUCGCUGCUUCACGUGUCAAGUCCACCUUCAUGUCCCGUACACAAGAGCGUCUUGAGCUUGCAGCCAAGGCUGUCAAGGAUGCUGCUGCUGAACUUGUUAAGCAAGUGCGCAACCUCGUUGCUAAAAAGGCAGAGAAUGAUGAUCUCAACAUUGACUUUAACAAAUUAUCGGUGCACGAGUUCAAGCGGAGGGAAAUGGAGCAGCAAGUCAAGAUCCUCAAAUUGGAUGCUGAGCUUACAAACGCACGCAGAGUUUUGGCAGAGAUGAGACGAAGCGGAUAUCAUACCGAGGAAACCGAUUAG